UCUACCCUUUACUUUUUCCAUUCAGUCCCCACACACACCCCCAUCAACUUGUCUCAAAUCUCAACGUCUCUCUAAUUUUCCUCUUAAUCUAUCCGUUAAUCUCACCUCACAUUUUCCUCCUUUUUAAACCCCCCCUUUCAUUCCACACACACAUUCUCUCUCUCUCUCUAUAUAUCAUUGAGCUUCUCAUUCACUGCACUGAGUAUAGCAGACAGUAGCAGCAGUACUUCAUAUCAGUACAGACAGAUUGCAGCAUCAUAACACUAACAACCAAACCAACCAUGGCCACUAAACUGCCUCUUCUCUUUUUCCUUUUUUUCUUAUCUCUCACAUCAGGUAUGUAUCCGAGAAUUGGUUUUGCUAUCCAAAAAAGAGCAACAACGCCGUACACAUGCUAUUUCUGGUGGAAUGUGAUCAUGGUUAAUGGACAGAAAACAUGGUGUGUAGCAAAGCCUUCAUCAGAUCAAGCAACACUUUUAUCCAACCUCAAUUAUGCUUGCUCUCAAGUUGAUUGCAGAGUUCUUCGUAAAGGAUGUCCUUGCUCUACCCCUGACAAUCUCAUCAACCAUGCUUCCAUAGCCAUGAAUCUCUAUUAUCAAUCUAGAGGGAAAAAUCACUGGAAUUGUGAUUUUAGAGCAUCUGGCUUAGUUGUUGUCACUGAUCCAAGUUAUGGUGAUUGCAUUUAUGCAUAGAAGUGGACCAGUCACUAGUGGAAUCUAUAUACAUAUAUAGUAUCUUAUGUUCUUUUUGUAUCCAAAAUUUGGUGAUGUAUUUGGUUUAUGUUGCUGUAAUCUUUUGGUAUAUUGGCAUUUUCAACCUUAUGGAUAUUGGCAUAUGAUAUAUUACAUUACAUCAAAUUUUCACUUUA